AUGACUUUGAUCUUCAUAGCCUUAUGUUUUAUCAAAACUAUCUCAGGAAGUGACAAAUAUAUCCAUGGAAAUGCCCUUUACAGAACUACCAAUCCUGAAACCGAAUUUAGGGAAUUAACCUACAAAGGUUUUAUUACGACCCAAGAAUCCUUAAUUACAGAAUUAGAAAAAAAUUCAAUAGUCUUAAUGGUCGGGCGCUAUGUCCUCGAAGAUACAGAAUAC